CGCCAUGCGUUGUCUGAUGCCGGCGCCGGGCGGCUCACAGCCCCUUGACGUCUGCUUAAUGUCUUGUAUUCUAUUCGCUUGCUUCGAGGUACGUGUGUCUAGAUAUCUCGUGUAAUAAAAUGUGCGUACUAGCUAAGCCAAAGGCAAUGCGCGGCCAAUACGGCUCGGCUAUCGCUCACAUCACCAGCGGACUAAAAAUCCUUGAUGAACUUCGAGCCAAUCCAUUCGACAAAUCCACAGCUCUGAGCAAAGGUCGCAUGCCGUAUGUUCCCAUCGACGUGGUGUGUGGCCUCUUUACUCGCCUGCAGGCGCAAAUCAUUGUGACCGUCCACCGUAUGAGUGCAGCGCGUGCUAACAUCUGGCCUGAGCUGGUCAUUGAGCUGGACAGACCCAUCGUGUUCCACUCUUUAGCCGACGCGCGCGAGACCCUCGAAAUUUACACGUAUUACUACCGGCAGCGCAAUAUGGGGCUGCAAGCCGAACGUACGAAGGCGGAGCAACAUUCUCCUUUCACAAGAUCUAUAGAGCUGCUGAAUGGGUUAAGUCACGCGGCAGUUGCUCUGCGUGACGUCUCGAUCUCCCUGCUGGAUCGCUGGUCUACCGCACUAGACGACUUCCUGCGUGAGCGCAGUGCUCCCUUGACGGACCGCGAGCGGCGCGCUCUUGCAGUGCUCCAGCUACGUAAGAUCGACUGCUUGAUUUCGCUAGAUAUCUUCGAACCUGCGGGUCAGGCCGAGGCAGGCGACAAUGUCGACUGGGACAAGUAUUGUGGCCUUUUCGAAAAGAUGGUUACCCUAGGCGAGUCCAUUGUGGGGUUCUCCCCAAUCCUUUCUCCAUUUCAUCCCUCAGACGCGGCUUCCUCUUCUCCUUUACCAACUCCUAAAACCUUUUCGCUCGAUCUCGGCAUUAUCGCAGCCAUGUUCAACGUCGCCGUGCGGUGCCGUGACCCUCACAUCCGCCGGCGAGCUGUACGGGUGCUUCGUACCUCUGCGGCUCAGGAAGGCGUGUGGAACAGUGCCGUCGUGGCGGCGAUCGCGGAUAAGUGGAUUGAGAUUGAAGAGGAGGGUUUAGAUGUUGUUUCGAGUUGUGCCGAUGUGCCUGCUGUCGUACGAGUGUCGGACUUCCUGCCCGUGUUCGAUGGCGAGGAACCCACCGCGUCGGUCUAUUAUAGGCACUCAGCUGCGUUCAAUGCUGGGGGUGUACGAAAAGAAGUCUUCAGGUGGUAACGAUUGCUUGGCUUUGACGACCAGACUCCAAGAGUUUUCUGUGCCUCAAAACCUGUUGCCGUAAUAUCUAACCCACUUGCGCUUUUGUGAUAUUUGAAAUCCCCUGGUCGCUGAACUUGAGUUCAAAGGAGGCUUUCCGCGGUUUAAGGGUCUGCGACUUGAUU